UCCCAACACCCCUCUCGCUCUACGCCGCUCCGUGAUGCGCGCGCGCGGCCGCGCUCGAAUCUGAGCGCGGGGCCGCUCUGAGGGGACGGGACUGACCCGGGACCGCCGGGAGGGACCCACCGUGAGGGGACGGGACUGACCCGGGACCGCCGGGAGGGACCCACCGUGAGGGGACGGGACUGACCCGGGACCGCCGGGAGGGACCCACCGUGAGGGGGCGGGACUGACCCGGGACCGCCGGGAGGGACCCACCGUGAGGGGACGGGACUGACCCGGGACCGCCGGGAGGGACCCACCGUGAGGGGACGGGACUGACCCGGGACAGCCGGGAGGGGACCGGGAGGAGCCGGGCCAUGAUCGCCGCCUCCGGCCGCCGCCCCGCCCGGGGCGAGCCGCCGGUGCGCUCGGUGCAGCUGAGCAGCCUCCCCGCGGGGACGCUGACGCCGCUGAAGGAGCUGCUGCAGGCCCAGGGCGCUGUGCCGGCCGGGCGGGCCCUGCCGCCCGCGGGGCCGCGCGAUGUCCCGCACGGCCGGGCCGGGCCCGCGGCAGAGCGGCCACCCAAGCGCCGCGCCCCGGAGGCGCCCGGGCAGGAGUCCCCAGCCAAGAUCUUCCAGCGGAUGAAGGAGCGGGCGGAGCGGCAGCGGCGCCGCGGGGGCGGCACCGACGGCAUCCAGACCCGCGGCACCGGGCAGGGCCAGGGCACCGACGGCAUCCUCCUGACCCCCAGCACUGGGCAGGGCCGCACCGGGCAGAGCCAGGGCACCGACGGCAUCCUGACCCGCGGCACCGGGCAGGGCCGUGCCACCGAUGUCAUCCUGACCCCCAGCACUGGGCAGGGCCGUGCCAUCGACAGGAUCCUGACCCCCAGCACCGGGCAGAGCCGUGCCACCGAUGUGAUCCUGACCCACGGCACUGGGAACAGCCGUGCCACCGAUGUGAUCCUGACCCACGGCACUGGGAACAGCCGUGCCACCGAUGUGAUCCUGACCCACGGCACCGGGCAGAGCCGUGCCACCGACGGGAUCCUGACCCGCGGCACCGGGCAGAGCCGUGCCACCGACGGGAUCCUGACCCGCGGCACCGGGAACAGCCGUGCCAUCGACAGGAUCCUGACCCCCAGCACCGGGAGCAACCGUGCCACCGAUGGGAUCCUGACCCACAGCACCAGGAACAGCCGUGCCACUGAUGGGAUCCUGACCCACAGCACCAGGAACAGCCGUGCCACCGAUGGGAUCCUGACCCACAGCACCGGGAACAGCCGUGCCACCGAUGGGAUCCUGACCCACAGCACCAGGAACAGCCGUGCCACCAAUGGGAUCCUGACCCACGGCACCGGGAACAGCCGUGCCACCGAUGUGAUUCUGACCCCCAGCACUGGGCAGAGCCAGGGCACCGACAGGAUCCUGACCCCCAGCACCAGGCAGAGCCGUGCCACUGAUGUGAUUCUGACCCCCAGCACCAGGCAGAGCCGUGCCACUGACAGGAUCCUGACCCCCAGCAUCGGGAACAGCCACCGGAUCCUGACCCCCGGCACCGGGCAGGGCCGGGGCACCGCCCAGCCGGGACAUGGGUCGGUUUUCCCGUGGGUCCCUCAGGCCCCGCCUGCUGCAGAGCCCCCUGUGCUGGAGAGCCCCCAGAAGUUCUUCCUGCGCAUAAAGCAGAAACUGCAGCAGCAGCACAAAGAUCCAACCCCUUCAAACGCCAUCCAGCAGAACAUCCCUCCUUCCACAGCCGCAGAGAAGCCUUUAGUCAAGCCUGCCUGUGCUGAGCAGCCCAGGAAUGAGCCUCCUGAGGAGGUGGAAACCGAUAAGGAGGAUGAUGUGGACGUUUUCCUUGUGGAACCAAUAGAUGCUGAUUGUGAGAUGUCCCAGAGUGAAGUGAUUAGUUUUCUGAAUGUAAAUUCCACCCCUUUGAAAAACGAUAAUCAGAUAAAAGAAAAGAGGGGAAAUGGAGGAGCAAAAGAUACAGAGGUUCCUGAAGACAGAAGAGAGCUGCAGCCCAGUAAAAACCAAGCUGCUCUGGCAGUGGAAAAGACUCUGGGGAGCAAUUCCCCAAAGCCCUCCCAGUGCUUCUGCAGCAUUAUGCUGUCUAGCCCCUCAGUCCACAUUCCAAAGAAGCAGAAGGUGACAGAGAAGCCUGAGGACCCUUUGGACAAACCUCAUACCGACCAACCUGCUAGCAAAGCAGACAAAGAGAAAAGCAUCUGCCUGAGCAGCUGGAGGAUUAAAGUGAUGGAUGGCAACACGGCCAUUUCCGUGGAGGGCAAACGGCAAGACAUGAGGGGCCUGCUGUGGCACAGCAACGCCGUCACCGAGCGCGUGGCACACAACCAGGUGAGGACGGCCUCGGGCAGCCUCUACAUCCUGCAGGGCAAGCUGGACUCGGCCACCAUGAGGAGAGAAGGGUUUCCCUACCGCUUCAUCAAGAGAUUCACCUUUGGCUUUUCCAGACGGUGGAAGGAGUAUGUCCAGGAGUUUCUCGAGCAAAGGAGGAGAAAAGCACAAAAACAAACCAGUGGUGCGGAUGAAGAGAGUGACUCUGUGGUGGAAGUCAAUGUGUUGGAAACUGCAAAAGGCUCAAAGAAGAAACCUGGAACGAAGAACUCCACCUAUGAAGUAUUGCCAAGGAAUGAUGAAAACACUUACACCACCCCAAGGCACAGCUCCCAGGGCAACGACUCCAGCCAGGUGUACACUCGCAGCGGGAGGCUCAUCAAACCCCCCAUGAACUUCUGGUGUGGGCAACGAGCCUUUGUGGAUCAGAACCUUAAUGUCACCGUGGAGGAAGGUGGAGUGGAUUAUCUGAGCAUGAUGAUUAGUAGUGAAAAAUCCCACAAAAAGACCAGUUCCAUCUCUAAGAAGAAUAAUCCAAAGGAAGUCAUGAAGACAACAGAGGAAAUGCCAAAAAGCCAAAAUAAAGGGAAAAGCAAGGAGAAAGGAGCCAGCUCCAAACGGGAAUUCAAGCCUGCUGGAAGGAAGGAGGCCCGGCCCUUGCUGUCGGAGGAGGAGGAGAGUGACCCUGCAACCAGGGGCACAAAACCCAAAGCCCUGCCUCCUGCCAGGGUGCCUUCCUCAAACACCAGACACAGCACCAGGAUCCAAGGAAUGGCAAAGGAGAAGCAAGGAGCAGAUGCAGAUGCUGCAGACCUGUCCAUGUACGAGCAGGCUUCCAGGUACCCCCUGAGGUCAGCCAGGAAGCCUUUUUCAGACAAGCGCUUCACCGAGGAAUCCUCGGACAAGGAUGAGGGAGAGGCAUCCAGUGAUGAUACCCCACUGCUGAUCAGAAGGAAAAAUAAAUCCCUGUUAAAACCAGGGCCUCAAAACUGCAGAUCUCGCCCUAACUCUGAAAGAUCCCAGGAUGGUGCAAACAAGGCGGGCGAGCCAAGGACAGGAAAAGCCUCCCGGAAUGUGCCGGUGAGGCUGAGUGGGACGGAGUCCAGCGACAGGACUGAGCUCUCCACCGAAGGAAACACUCCUGCCAGUGGGUCCAGAGACUCCCUCCUGCCUGGGGAGGCCGUGAGGACACAGAGCAGAACCAAACCCCCCAGGCACUGGCUGGAUUCCGACAGCGAGCCCGAAACCAGCACAGAGGAGCUUCUCGCGAAAGACGGGAAUGCAAAAGCACCUGGUAAAAAAGCAGGGGCUGGAGCUCCCAGCACUGCCAAGUCUGCAGCAGCCAGGUGGAGACAGCCUGAGAGGGCAAAGCGGCAGAAACCUCUGGAGCUUUUUCCCAGGACGACUGAUAGCUGGUCUGAGAAGGAAUUGCAGAAGCUUUACAGGGCUGUCGCGGCGCUUCCCAAGCACAGGAGCGGCUUCUGGCAGGAGGUGGCCAUGGCCGUGGGGUCACGCUCUGCCCACGAGUGCCACAGCAAGUACCUGGAGCAGCAGGAGGCCAAAGGCUCCAAAUCACAGGCCAAGAAGGCCAAGGCAAGACAACCUGAGCAGAAAGAUAAGAAGGAGCUGGUGAUAAGUGCCAAGGUGGGGACCCUCAAACGGAAGCAGCAGAUGAGGGAGUUCCUGGAGCACCUGCCCAAGGACAACCACGACGACGUGUUCACCACGACUCCCUUCCAGAGCAGGAGGGUCAAGCUGCCGACGCUCCGGGACGACGACCCUGAGGACUUUACCCUGGGGGAGCUCUCGCUCACCCCCGGCUCAGCCGUGUUCCCGCUGGCCAAAACCCCCCAGUGCGAGCACAUCAGCCCGGGAAUGCUGGCCCCCAUCAACAGGAAGGACGUGGACAGGCACGUGUUGCGGAUGCAGAAGGCGGCGCAGGGCAGCAGAGGCACCUGGGACAAGGUGCACAAGAAGUCGGCCGGAGCCAUGCUCGGGACACCGGCUUCCCGCCGGGCCAAGGUCAGCCUGGAGAACAGUGAGUAUUCCUGCUUCCUCCUCCUCCAUUCCCAGCUCUUUCCCUCCUUCCACAUCCCUGCCUUGCUGGGUACCCUCGAUCUUGGCUGUCUGGGCCUUCUCCCCCUGCUCUUCCUCUUCGGACACGCUGAUGAUCCCUGUUUUCCAUUGCAGACGUGGCCCAGGCCCCUGAGGUGGGGAAGCUCUUUGGAGCUCAGACACGAGACUCCUCGGAGGAGGAAGACCAGGAUUCCUAUUUUUCCAUGUGAUGAAGUCUGUGGAUCUCUUGGUUCAGCACUUGGGUGCCUCGCUCUGAGUCUGCAGUUCAGCCGCCCCUCCAGGAGGGAAGGGCUGGAAUUACAAGAUCGAUUUGGAAAAUGUUCCCUGAUCUGUUUUUUAUGUGUUUUAACCCCAUUCCCAUCUUGCUGGCACUAUUUGGGUUUUCCAUGUGUACAAAGUGGCACUUCCUGGCCCAGCUCCUCCUCCCCUGUUUCUGCUCCUGUUGCCUUUUUCUCCUGGGAAGGAGAAAUGUACUGGCAAGGUCAUUUUGAGAUAAAAUAUCUCCUGAGAUAUGAAUGUACAAUAAAUUCAGGUAAGAUCUGGAAAAAACUGAAACUGCUUUUUACUGCCCCCAAGGGCGAGUCUGAAUUUUUACAUUUCCUGAAUGUAAUAAACAAGGAUGAGUUUAUUUUACUCACGGAUCCGUUGGACUUUGUGUGGCAGCAGAAUCCAUGACCUGUCCAGCUUCAGAUGGGGCCUCAAGGCUUCAUCCCCUUGGUUUUGAAUCACGGACUCGGAAUGG